AUGUCGACGAGAGAAAAGGCGGCCGUCAAAUUGGUUGAAGUCGACUACAGCGCUGAGUCUACGAAAGCAAAGAAGAAAAGUGCGAUCAGGUUGGUCCAACGAUACCUGGACACCCUUCAAGUCGACAAGAAUUUGAGAAGGAUAAACUUCGGCGAUUUGACUGUCAAAGGUGGGGGGAACUCCCGCAAACAAAACCACCAACAAUGGUGGGAUGAUUUUUGGAAGUUUCAACCGACUUUCUGGCUUGAAGUUAAACAAGCCAAUGGACAACCAUACAGCGCAGGAACUUUGAAUCGUUACAUGGGGGCGGUCAAAGAUGUAUUGAAGCAACAACUUCGAGUACAAGAGACACAUGCUAUUUUUUGUGUGUACAGGGAAGCGAAGCUUCAGUUGGGUAAAGCUGUUAGAGCUAAUUCUAAACACAGCACGGAUUCGAAAGGUGACAAAAUAUACACUGAAGCCCAGCUUGAUAACAUCCUGAUGCGAAGUCUUUGGAUGAACAACACCGAAUACCUGCAAUUCUAUAUCUUGCAUGUGGCUUGUUUAAAGAUGAGUUCCAGAGUAUCUGAAACCGGUCGAUUACCCAUGACCAGAUGCAGUAUGACGGAUGUGGUUGGUCUUGCUGGACGCAAAGUGCGACUACCACAAAUAUGGAGCGAUCGAGACAAAUGCGGUGAAAAUGGUAACAUACCGCUUCUGCCAAAUCGUGAAAAAGCGUUGGAUGAUAUCACUGUUGUUUUGGCUAUCUCUAUGCUCAUGUUUGGUGGUGAACGAUUGACUCCUGGCUUGGCCGGUCUAGCAUUGACUAACGUACACGCCAACAAGUUGUCGAGUUGGUACACGUCGCACCUGGCAAAGUUGUACAAGAAAUAUCCACCAUCGAACAGUUGCGAUGUCAAACAAGGUACUAGUCAUUGGUUGAAGCAUACGGCGCAGCACCAUCUAGACACUGCUGGUUUGUCGAUGGCGGCUAAAAUGUGGGCUGGUCACAAGGUGGACGAAGGAAGCAGGACCAACUACUUUUACACACGUUUUGGUUAUCUACUUGAAGGUCAAAAGUGUCUCAGCGGUUGGUACAAACUGCAGGGUGAAUUCCCAGAUGUUGUGAUUCCGGAUUUUCAAGACGUUGGCACACCCAACUGUGUCGCUACAGGCGACAAACUUUGUUCUGCUCUUUUUGGUCAUGUUGAUUGUGUUGAUUAUUCUUUCAAACGGUGUAUCUUGGUUUGUUUUUUGGCAAAAUGGGAUGCAUUGUUGGACCUGUUGCAAGAAGGUAUUCAGGAUGUGAACGAGCACAUCCUUGUGAGUCGUGUAAAUGUACUGCUAACACAGAAGAGUGUCUCCCACGAGGAGUUUCAUGCCUUCAAGGCAGGAUGUUGCAUACUGCCAUCUUACUCUCCUGGGUCUGUAAAGGAGUCAAGCCAGCGUCCAAAAGACGCUCCAGAAUCAUCGUCGUCGAAGCAAUUUAUUGCGAUGCAGCCCAAAACGGGACCAACAGUGCAAGCAUUUAUUGGUCAAUUGAAGACCAAAGUACAUCCAGUAGAGGUUCUACUCAAAUGGCUUCAUCAUGUUCUGAUGGGAGGGUCUUUGAUUGCCGUUUGUGUUGAUAAUAAGACUGAAAGCAAGUGGCGACGAACUGUCAAAGCUAUCAAAGUCAUGCUCAUGUUUAUGGAACGAUGGCCUGAACCUCGGGAGUUGACUUUGACUUUUUUGACUCCCGUGCAUGAGGGUUUGAUCCAACGAUUCGGAUCCAAAUUUAGUCUUGCUUCUUUGGCAAAAGAAACGAACAAACACAACUACCCAGAAAAUAUACCGAUUCUUGUCAAGCAAUUUUUAAUUAAUAAACAUUAA